AAAAGUCUGGGUUCCCAUCGAUCCCAUCGGCACUCGGCAGGCUCUUGCUGCGACGCCAUUUUCAGUGCCCGAGAGAGGGAGCGAGAGAGCCCCAGAGAAAGAAGAAGCAGGAGGGUUCCUUGAGCGGCUGAACUGGCUGGCGGGGAGAACAGGACAUAAAGCACCGGUAGAUUGUGUCUUGAGCAAAGUCACACGAAGCUGACAUGAGAAAGGAACCCAGGCCUUCCUGAGAUAGUUUAUAAUGUAGCAGAGAUGAACCCAUAAACCAAACCCAUUAGUCUUCAUUUUCGCCACCCUGGGUACUUUCAGACUGUCGUUUUCAUGACUGGCCAUCCUGAAGUAGCGGGGGACACAGCCAGACCAUCCCAAGAUGAAUGUGACAAAGGGGGGACUGGUUCUCUUUUCUGCCAAUUCCAAUGCAUCUUGUGUGGAGCUAGCCAAGAGAAUUGCAGAGCGGCUGGGGGUGGAACUUGGUAAGGUGCAAGUGUAUCAGGAGCCAAAUCGUGAAACCCGAGUUCAGAUUCAGGAGUCCGUACGCGGAAAGGACGUUUUCAUCAUCCAGACAGUUUCCAAGGAUGUGAACACCACAAUCAUGGAGCUGCUAAUCAUGGUGUACGCGUGCCGGACGUCGUGUGCUAAGACCAUUAGUGGCGUCAUCCCUUACUUCCCCUACAGCAAGCAGUGCAAGAUGAGGAAAAGAGGCUCCAUUGUGUCCAAGUUAUUAGCCUCCAUGAUGUGCAAAGCUGGAUUAACUCACUUUAUCACCAUGGACUUGCAUCAAAAAGAAAUUCAGGGGUUCUUCAACAUUCCUGUGGAUAACCUUAGAGCAUCUCCGUUCCUCUUACAGUAUAUUCAGGAAGAGAUUCCCGAUUACAGAAACGCAGUGAUAGUUGCCAAAUCUCCAUCAUCGGCAAAAAGAGCACAGUCCUUUGCCGAGCGGUUACGGCUGGGACUCGCUGUGAUCCACGGAGAAGCUCAGGAUGCAGAAUCUGAUAUGGUGGACGGACGGCAUUCACCCCCAGUAGUCAAAAAUAUUGGCGCUGCCAUGCAUCCGUCAUUGGAAAUUCCCUUAAUGUUUCCUAAGGAAAAGCCUCCAAUCACUGUCGUUGGGGAUGUAGGCGGAAGGAUAGCCAUUAUUGUGGAUGACAUCAUUGAUGAUGUAGACAGUUUUGUUGCUGCAGCUGACACUCUAAAAGAAAGAGGGGCUUACAAGAUCUUUGUGAUGGCCACACAUGGUCUGCUUUCCUCUGAAGCCCCCAGGUUAAUAGAAGAAUCGACUAUCGAUGAGGUUGUGGUCACCAACACAAUUCCACAUGAAAUCCAGAAGCUCCAGUGCCCCAAAAUCAAAACGGUGGACAUCAGUAUGAUCCUGUCCGAAGCCAUCCGGCGGAUUCACAACGGAGAAUCCAUGUCUUACCUUUUCAGAAAUAUAGGCGUCGACGACUAACAGUUCCUUCCGUAUGGUUAUAAAUAUAUAUAUAUAUAUUUUUAGGUAUAUACCAAGGGCCAAAACUGGAAUUGUACAGUGUAUCUGUGCCGUACAAAAGCGCUUACCUUAAUAUUUCAACAAGGCCAUUUUUUUUUUUCAGGCUGAUCUCUCUUAUCUUUAGAUUCACCAAUCAGAGUUUUGUUUUUUUGGUCAGUUUCUGUUUUUGAUAUUUUUUUUUUUGUGAACAAAAUGUCACACUCACGAAGAGCACUAGGUCUGACGGUGUUUAAAGCAGCAUUACUAGUUCAUAUUGUGCCCUGUAACGGUUGUGGUUUUUGCUCCCAUUCUGCAGGGCCUGCUUUGUUUUUGUUUUAUUUUUUUUACCCUUUGCCUAGUUAUAAUGAAACUGCUGUGGGCUUGUUUGUUGUACUUACACGUCUUACACGAGGUCAGGAAACCUGGGGAGGGGAGGGAUAUAUUUCUUUUUUGUACUUGGCAGGUGAUGCCGGAUGAAUUUAGUGGUUUUUGCUCCACUGAUGGAACCUUUAAUGUCCGCUUUGUGCACCUUGUACGCUUCUCACAUGCCAAAUUGGCACUUUAAUCCUUUCAUUGGAUGUCUCCGAAAUACUGUUCGACAUCUUGAGAGUCGGUAUAUAGGCAGAAGUAACAUUUCAUCUCUGUUGUGACAUUUCACAUGAAAUCACCGGGCCACCAUAUUGAGGGAGGACUGCAGUAUGGCAGAAGGUUGCAGUGGGCAUUCGUGGCACUUCAGAACAGGCACCCUUGGCCUCUGUAGUGGACAGCAAGUCUUUCCCAGCACUUCAGUUGUCACGCUUAGCUUUUGUGUAUUGUUUAUAUUGUGCUCUUUAGUUUCCUAGUACAGGUAUGGGACCUGUUAUCCAGAAUUCUCGGGACCUGGGGUUUUCCGCUUAAGGGAUCUUUCUGUAAUUUGAAUCUCCAUACCUUAAAUCUACUAAAAAAUCGUUGAAAUAUUAAUGAAACCCAGUAGGAUUGUUUUGCUCCCCCCAUAAGGAUUAAUUAUAUCUUAGUUGGGAUCAAGUACAAGGUACUGUUUUAUUAUUACAGAGAAAAGGGAAUCAUUUAACCAUUAAAUAAACCCAAUAGGGCUGUUCUGCCCCAAUAAGGGGUAAUUAUAUCUUAGUUGGGAUCAAGUACAAGGUACUGUUUUAUUGUUCCAGAGAAAAAGGAAAUCUGUUUUAAAAUGUUGAAUUAUAUGAUUAAAAUGGAGUCUAUAGGAGAUGGCCUUCCCAUAAUUCGGGUUAACGGGUUUCCGGAUAAAGGAUCCCAUACCUGUACUGCUGCUUUGUGCCCUAAACCCUUUCACUGCCUGUGGUAGCCUGUAAAGCAUUGCUGAGCAAUGCCGUACGUGUGGAUCAGUUAGCUGCGAGCUCCUUGAACAGCACCAAAGGUGUGAAGCAAGAGUCAGUCCUGCCCAGGGGGGGGCGUACAUAAGCGCUCUGCUUGCCCACCUGGCGCCAAAAAAGGGUUAAACUCAGGAAAUGUUUGUGACGGUUCCUACCCAAAACAAAAUCUGCCCCCACCCAAUCAGAGUAUAAGACCUACUGCUCGAGGAGCAAGGGGUAUAGAGUUGAAGGGUGGGUGGGAGGCGCUCUCCAUGUUAAUGCUUUUUUUUUGUAGGAAAGCAUAUGGGGAGAAAUGCACUUGUAUUUAUUUUCUGCAAAAGAAGAUGGGAAAUGUAAUAAAAUAUUUGUUUGUGUGA